GAGGAGCGGCGCCAUGUGGUGAGGCGCGGCAACUGCAAGCCGUGAGGCCCCGGGCCGACCGCUGGGGCGUCAUUGGACGGUGUGUGUGUGGGAAGUACACGGUGCUGUUGCUGGUGCUGCUUCUGCUGCUGGGUCCCUGGCUCCUGCUCGCCUCCCUACGGCUGGAAAUAAAAUGAGUGUGUGCGUGGACAGAGUGAGGCUUAGUGUGUGGUGUGAGGAGAGGGUGAGGCAACACACUCACACUCCAUGAAGCACUUGCUGCAGGACUUCGAAGCCACCCACCACACAAACAUACUAUUUUAUGCUCGUCUCAACAUGUGUAGAAAAAUAAAAUCGGCAUUUUCAACCGCCCUGGCCAUUAAUUAGACAGUAGCCUAAAGGAAGUAUUCGGGUUACUCACGUGUUUAAAUAUUAAAAAAGUGAAGUGUUUUCCAACAUCGUCGCGAGUUGCCAGGCGCCGUUGAUGGACUGUUGAAACUGCCAGUGACCAACUCCAAGCGUUUCACGCGACGAUGAACAGCGGCGAAGAAACAAGAAACAACAAAUUGGAAUACUUUCUCAAGAAGAACCUUCACCCCAGCGUUUACAACAACAUAAGGUUGUAUGAGGCGGUGAUCGUGCGAUGUGGCAACUCGCUGUCAUACAAGCAGGCUGUGGUGACUGGCGAGGACGUGUACCUGACGGAGACGCCGCCGCGGGCCCUCACCCACCUCCUCAACGUCUCCCACAUAACUAAUGUCAUGCUGGUACACGACCUGCCGGAGUUCCUGCAGGGAGGUGUGAGGGACCACACCACUCACAUUACUGUGAGGUACCGUCAGCCUCGCCGUAACUCCCUGGCCAGGCUCGGUACACCCUCACUACCUCACCACACUACUUACCCUCUGCCCAGCACUUCAUCCAUUAAUGAGGAUGACGAAGAUGAGAAAAGUGAACGGGGCUACCCUGAGGCUACCCGGGCCCUGGCUGAGGCAGCCCAUGAGACUGUCAGCGCUUGUAGUGACCCACUGCCUUUACCCCGCAUUUCCAUCGACACCUUAUGUAUCACCAGCGCUGAUGCUGCCACCUUAAACAGCACCAAAAGAAAAGGGUGGUCGCAGAGAGUCAACGGCCAUCAGAACCCUGCCAAUGGUACUCUACUACCUGACAUUGGCUCUCCUCACAUAACACUAGCAAGCAUUAACAAACCCUUAGCUUCUUUCAACGGUGCCAAAUUGUCAGUCCGAUCCCAGUCUCCAGAUCAUGAUAAUGCUUGUGAUGACCACUCCCACUCACCUAUGAUAGAUCUCCUUACUCAAGUGUCAGGUCGACAAGUAACACGCUCCGUGACCCCUGAUACACUACCUCGUGCCAAGAUGCACCGCUCACUCAGUGCCCUUGACACCUACCACAGACUGUCUCCACUGGGUCUAGAUAUUCCUACAAGAAGCAAGAGUGUCCUAGACAAACCUUCAACUGGUCAUCCACCACGGCGAAGCCAGAGCCUUAACUUCUCGGAUGUCACAGACGGUAAAGAUGUCAAGGAAGUUCAUCUAUACACACUUUCCACCUCCACACUGCUCUUUCACCUCCUCCACUCACUAUGGGUCUCCUCCUCCUUGAUACAGACACAAACCCCAAGAAGAUUAUGGGCAGAAUUCCAGGAAAUCUCUAAUGAGCGCACCUUGGAACAUGCUUUUGGACAGCUGCGGUCUGAGCUUCUGGCAGCCUCAACCCUAGAAGAUCAGUUCUCUGUUCUGCAAGAGCUGCAGCAGGGAGCCAGCAAAUACACCACCAUUAGAAGAUUUGUUUGGAGGGAUACUACUACUGUUAACAUUAUAAGUAGCUUCAUAAAGAAGUACAUGAAGCUCUCUCGAAGUACUCAUAGGUCAGAAAAUACUGAGGAAGAACUACAAAUAAGACAAGAUGAGCUUGAAAUGUUGACACUUACACUGGAUACAUUGGCCACUUGUCUCAAAGGAACUCAACGGUGUCCAUUUAAAAUGAAGACAUUAAAGCACAACAAAUAUGAAUGUUUACGAAAUCUAGUAAAUGAGGCAAUGAAAACACCCGAGAUUCCAGCCGUCUAUCGACUGACUUGUGUACGCUGGCUGACUGACUUCAGAGAGCUUUCAUCACGUGCUUGGGAAAAUCUCCCAGAAAAAGAGCUUUUGAGGCUUGUACAAGAGGUGACACAUACAAGCACCAGUGCCCUUUACGAGUUACUGGGAUCCGUGACCGAGUUUUCUUGGGUGUGUGGUCUUCAGCCACAAACGGAUGAAGUCAUACCCAGCUUAACAACUCUUCUACAACACGUGCCAGUUGAAGGAUGGUUGUCAUACAGUGUGCCGCAGCUGCUCGUCUUGCUACACCCAGAGCAUGGUGGUGAGACCAGCGAGUGUGAUAGUGCACUUAUCCACCAGUACUGCAGUGUUCUUGCCACCUUCCUCCACCAUAGUCCUCGAGCACUCCAGUACUGCAUAACAAACUAUGCAGAAGAACUAAGGUACUACGUUCACGAGUCAAUGAUAAAUUGUCUCUUUGGUGAAGCGUGCCCAGUCAGACCUCACACACUGAAACUGGUGCGAAUGAUAAGUCAGCUGGUCACAUCAAAAAGGUAUCUUCGAGCCAGAUGAAGACACCCACGUUAAAAUGGCUUAAUUAAGAGGAAGGAAAAUUACUGAAGAUAAAUUUGUUACAUAUAGCAUUGUUUAGCAAGUAAAUACCAUACCUCAUUGCAUUGUUGCUGUGAAAAAUACUAAGGGGGUCAGAGUGCAAGGAAAAUAUUCUGCAAGAUGCAGCUCGAUAUUUACUUUAUCAUAACCUUCCUAAAAAAUUAUAGCUUCAUGUUCACAAUAUCAUUAUAAAAACUGUAGUGCAGUUGUCUGUCCUCAAAUUACAACCGAGGUUAUUAGAUUCAAUUAUCAAGCAGGAUAGAGAUGUUUGGGCAAUGUUUCUUUUCACCCGAUUCCUCUGUUCACCUAGCUGUGAAUAGGUGCAUGGAAGCUAAGAAGUUGUGGACUACAUCCAGGGUAAAGUUCAUCAGUAGUUAGCAUAGAGGAGGGGACCUUGAUAGCCCUAAUAGGCUUCGUGUCCUUGACUAUGGGAAACCAUAACGUGAAUCAUGCCUCCGGUUUAUUGGCAGUUUUAUGCCAACUUAUAGAAAAAACUUAAGAUUUUGAAUUCUGACGGGUUAUUCACUAUUAGAAAAUCUUGCCCAAAUCGAACACUAUAAUUUUUAUUUAUAAUAUUAAGUUAUGCCAUAAUAAUGAAAAGCAGCACUAGAGUACAAGUAAAUAAAAAUUAAUUUAUAUAAAUUUUUUAUGUAAAUAUUUUAAUGUUGCCUAUUGUUACAUAUUCAAAUAUAUUUAUUAUAGUUGAGAUGUCACAAACUUUGCACAUAAAACUGAAUGGCUCCAAAUUUAAUAUGCUCACUUAACUUAAACAUAAAGGUGGCUCGUGCCAUGCACUCCUCAGUGUCUUACAAAUUGACAAGCAUCUAAUUUAAAGUGUUUACCAGACCAUGAGUAAAUGAACCUCAACCAACCAACCCACCUAUCAAAGCUGAUGCUCAUUAGUCCAAGAAAGCAUACAAAUCAAGAUGCUUUUAUUUACCCACCUAAUGCGCCUAAAUUUGUAUGCUUGUGUUAACAGCGUCCAAUUUGAGGUGCAUUCUGUACGAGGACUGGCUGCUAACUUCCUAUGCUUUUGACACUUCACACUACAAUAUUCUUUUCUGUCAAUUUCUUCCCAUCCUUUUCUUUCUCUAAAUUUUUAUAUCCACCCAUACUUGUCCUGUUAAGCCGAGUAUGAAGUCAUACCCAGCUUAACUACACUUCUACAAGAUCCA